AUGGCUGCCCUUCAAACUAUCAAAGUUCCACACCUGGGUGGCAUCAAGGCUGGAUACGCCUUCUCUAAGGACCAUUAUGAUCCCUCCAAGCCUACAUGUGUGCUCAUUAAUUCGAUGUGCAUGACCGCGUCUCUCUAUCAUGAUCAAUUCAACAACGAAGCUCUGACAAAUGCCAUGAAUCUUUUGGCUAUUGAGCCGUUAGGCCAUGGCUCGACCAGUUCCCCCUCGGAACACUUUACGUACUGGGAUUCUGCCCACAUGGCCCUACAGGUCAUGGACCACUUCGGGAUUCAGAAAGCCUUCGCCCUGGGUACAAGUCAGGGAGGAUGGAUUGUGACUAGGAUGGCCCUCCUAGCCCCAGACAGAAUUCUCGGUCUCAUGCCCCUCGGAACCUCCAUGGAUUAUGAAUCUUUGGAUUCUCGGUCCAAGGGCUGUUGGGAUCCUGCCGCCAAUCUCACGGUGUUUUAUGAGAAGUGGUCCACCCCCUCGGCUACGCCCGACUUUGUUGUGGAUGAUGUCUGUGGGGGGAUUGGCUUUGGUGCCGCUGCCACCGAAGAGAGAUCUGCAUUCUGGACUCAGACCCUGAAGGAAGUGUAUAAGGGUGAUGAGGGCCGGAAAAAGGUCCGAAUGGCACUCAACUGCCUAUUGGAGAGGGAUGGGCUCCUGCUUCGGAUCGGGGAUAUUAAAUGUCCUGUUUAUUGGCUACAGGGAACUGAAGACACUCCUUUUGGGACGAUCGUCCCUGCGGAGCAUAUUCAACGGUUCAGCUCGUCUGUGGAGGCUAAACUUGUAAUGAUUGAAGGGGGUGCCCAUUACCUGAACGCCACUAACCCAAAGGAGGUGAAUGAGGCCCUUCUGGAGAUGGUAACUAAGUACAACGUAUAG